GCUAUUUUCUCACUAUUAUAUCAUGAGUAUCUGGAACAGGGCCUGGCACAUAGAAAUAACUCAAACACACGUGAAUGAAGAAGUCAGUUGAACAAGGGAGAGGGCCACAUAUUGAGCUGAUGGCACAGAUGUGCAAUCUGACCUCUCUCCUCUCUUGUGUUGGUCUUUCAGUUGUGGUCGCCAGGACCCCCCCAGAGCCAAGACCUUCUCCAGAAGGUGACCCUUCCCCCCCACCACCACCGAUGUCAGCCGUGGUCCCUGACACUCCCCCGGACACCCCACCUGCCAUGAAGAAUGCCACUAGCUCUAAGCAGCUCCCACUGGAACCAGAGAGCCUCUCAGGGCAGGUCGGGCCUAGGCCAGCCCCCGUGCAGGAAGAGUCCCCUUCCUCUGAAGCAAAGAGCAGAGGACCCACCCCACCAGCCACGGGCCCACGGGAUGCCAGACCUCCUCGAAGGAGCAGCCAGCCAUCUCCAACAGCAGUGCCAGCCUCUGACAGCCCUCCCACCAAGCAAGAGGUGAAGAAGGCAGGAGAGAGACACAAGCUGGCAAAGGAGCGGCGAGAAGAGCGGGCCAAGUACCUGGCGGCCAAGAAGGCAGUGUGGCUGGAGAAGGAGGAGAAGGCCAAGGCGCUGCGGGAGAAGCAGCUCCAGGAGCGCCGGCGCCGGCUGGAGGAGCAACGUCUUAAAGCCGAGCAACGUCGUGCAGCCCUGGAGGAACGGCAGCGGCAGAAGCUCGAGAAAAACAAGGAGCGCUAUGAAGCAGCCAUCCAACGGUCAGUGAAGAAGACGUGGGCUGAAAUCCGGCAGCAGCGCUGGUCCUGGGCAGGGGCCCUGCACCACAGCUCUCCAGGACAUAAGACCAGUGGGAGCAGGUGCUCCGUGUCGGCAGUUAACCUGCCCAAACACGUGGACUCUAUAAUCAACAAGCGGCUCUCAAAGUCCUCUGCCACGCUCUGGAACUCCCCCAGUAGAAAUCGCAGCCUGCAGCUGAGCGCAUGGGAGAGCAGCAUCGUGGAUCGUCUGAUGACGCCCACCCUCUCCUUCCUUGCUCGGAGUCGCAGCGCGGUCACACUGCCCCGCAACGGCCGGGACCAGGGUAGGGGCUGCGACCCUGGGAGAGCGGAGGCCUCGCCGGUGAGUGGCUCGACUGAUUCGAGCGGCCGCGCAGGUGGGACAGGCAGCCUGGAACUGGGGAACGCGGGCGCUGCUGACCUCUACUCUCCUCUUCCGUUCCUUCUUCCCUGCCAGGUGCAGAAAAAGGAGAAGAAGGACAAGGAGCGGGAAAACGAGAAGGAGAAGAGUGCCCUAGCCCGGGAGCGCAGCCUCAAGAAGCGCCAGUCGCUGCCCGCCUCACCGCGCACCCGCCUCUCCGCCAGCGCCGCCUCAGAGCUCAGCCCCAAAUCCAAGGCCCGGCCAUCCUCUCCCUCCACAUCCUGGCACAGACCUGCCUCCCCCUGCCCCAGCCCAGGGCCAGGCCACACUCUGCCUCCAAAGCCACCGUCCCCGCGAGGCACCACUGCAUCCCCCAAAGGGCGGGUUCGGAGGAAGGAGGAGGCAAAGGAGAGCCCCAGCGCCGCAGGGCCCGAGGACAAGAGCCAGAGCAAGUUCAGGGCCAGUGACGAGAAGGAGCCAGCAGCCCCAGCCUCACCGGCACCUUCUCCGGCGCCCUCGCCCACCCCAUCCCCGCCCCAGAAGGAGCAGCCCCCCGCGGAGACCCCUGCAGACGCUGCUGUCUUGACCUCACCCCCAGCCCCUGCUCCCCCGGUGACCCCUAGCAAACCAAUGGCCGGCACCACAGACCGAGAAGAAGCCACUCGGCUCCUGGCUGAGAAGCGGCGCCAGGCCCGGGAGCAGCGGGAGCGCGAGGAGCAGGAGCGGAGGCUGCAGGCAGAAAGAGACAAGCGAAUGCGAGAGGAGCAGCUGGCACGGGAGGCCGAGGCCCGGGCGGAGCGGGAGACGGAGGCCCGGAGGCGGGAGGAGCAGGAGGCACGAGAGAAGGCGCAGGCCGAGCAGGAGGAGCAGGAGCGGCUGCAGAAGCAGAAAGAGGAGGCCGAAGCUCGGUCGCGGGAAGAGGCGGAGCGGCAGCGUCUGGAGCGGGAAAAGCACUUCCAGCAGCAGGAGCAGGAGCGGCAAGAGCGCAGAAAGCGUCUGGAGGAGAUCAUGAAGAGGACUCGGAAGUCAGAAGUUGCUGAAACCAAGAAGCAGGACAGCAAGGAGGCCAACGCCAACGGUUCCAGCCCAGAACCUGUGAAAGCUGUGGAGGCUCGGCCCCCAGGGCUGCAGAAGGAGGCUGUGCAGAAAGAGGAGCCCACCCCACAGGAGCCUCAGUGGAGUCUCCCAAGCAAGGAGUUGCCAGGGUCCCUGGUGAAUGGCCUGCAGCCUCUCCCAGCACACCAGGAGAAUGGCUUCUCCCCCAAGGGACCCUCUGGGGACAAGAGUCUGAGCCGAACACCAGAGGCACUCCUGCCCUUUGCAGAGGCAGAAGCCUUCCUCAAGAAAGCUGUGGUGCAGUCUCCGCAGGUCACAGAAGUCCUUUAAGAGGGUUUGCCUUGGAUCCGGGCACAGCUGUGAGGGCUCCUCUGCAUCACCUACCAGGAUGUCUGGAGGAGAAAAAGACAGAGCAAAGAUGGAAGUGGCCUGGGCCCCUGGGGGUGGGUCCUCUCUGUUGUUUUUAAUCUGCACCUUAUAGACUGAUGUCUCUUUGGCUGGAGCCAGAUCGGCCCCUCAGUGCAUUUGUGUGCUCGCACGCGCAGACAUCCCCUCUCCCCCAUACACACACAUACACUCACAGCCUCUCUGGCCUCUUCCCUUGGGGAGGGGCCACCUGUAGUAUUUGCCUUGGUUUGGUGGGGUACAGUGGAUGUGAAUACUGUAAAUAGCUUGUGCUCAGACUCCUCUGCGUGGAGAGGGUGGGUGCAGGAGGCAGACCCUCCCCGCAAAGCCCCCUGGGGAGAUCUUCCUCUCUCUAUUUAACUAUAACUGAGGGGGAUCCCAGGUCUGGGGAUGGGGGACACCUUGGGCCACAGGAUACUGGUUGCUUCAGGGGUACCCAUGCCCCCUGCCCUUGCCUGGAAUCAGUGUUACUGCAUCUGAUUAAAUGUCUCCAGAAAUAAAGUGAGAAUAAUUCUGCCAA